UUCCGCAUAAUGAAUACUCAUUAUAUUUUAAUCAUCUUGUUAUGAAACUUUAAUUAAAUGCCAUUGAUAGUCUGAUUAAUUUUGCAUGCCUCGCAAGUCUAGAAUUAUCCAUCUAGGUCAGCAAAUUCAUUUGCCAAGUAGUCUCGUACGAACGUGGAAGCGACUUGCUGCCCGAAAUGUCCGUCAAAACGUCCACACCCGAGCAGAGUCUCGUCCGGAACUUUGAAAUCAGCUACCGUCUGUGCGAGAAGAUCGGCCUCAACGCUCUCGAUCGCAACUACCGUCCUAACUGGCGAACCGUCUACCCGGGAACGGUGAACGUGUUCGCCCUGGUCCAGCUCCUGUACCUGCUGGGGACCGAACGGGCGGAUUUGCUGCAAUUCCUGUUGAUUCUGCCGCAUUUUCUGUUUACGGCUCAAGGUUUUCACAAGUUCAUCUUGUGCACCAGGCGAUCCUCGAAGAUCUUUGCUUUGCGCUGCAAGCUGACGGAGAUUCAAGCCCUGCUGCUGGAAACGAAAAGCAGCGGUCCGGUUAUCUGCAGAACCUUGAACAUUUCUCGACUUCUGCAGACGUUGAUCUUCGUGUUCUAUCUGGCUUCGGUGGUUCUCACCAUCCUGGUUCCGACCAUGCUAUGGCUAGUGAUCGACAAAAAGAGCUUCAUGUUUUUGUUUUUUGUUCCGGGCUUUGACCAAUAUUCUACCGAAGGAUUUUUGGUGAAUACGAUCCUGCAUGCCGUCAUACUCCUGGCAGCAUUCCAUGCCUACACAGGCUACGAAUGUUUGUUUCUGGGGUUGAUCAUGCCGGUUGGAGCGUACGUUGAUGCAUUUGGCAACGAGGUGCAAGAGUUGAACUCCGUGUUGAGUCUUAAGGAACGUAACGAUCCCGCGAUCCGUGCUCGUCUGAACCGGAUCGUGAAGCUGCAUCAGCUGAUGAACGAGUACAAAGCCAUGCUGGAGGAGCUGUACAACGUUUUGAUCCUGAGCACAAUCGGACUAAACUAUCUGGGCAUUAUCAGUACGAUCGUCGUGAUCCUGAAGUCGAACGAUCGCAUGGCGUACAUUUUCUUUGCACUUAUGUUCGAGAUACUUUUCCGGAUCUGUCUGAUGGGAACGAUCAUCACGGUGAAGAAUGAUCAACUGGUGGGUCAUCUGUACAACAUCGAGUGGUACCAGCUGGCACCGGACCAGGCCAAGGAUCUUCGUUUUAUGCUGCAUCAAGCGCAGAAUCCUACCAGCGUUACGAUCGGGAAGUAUGCACUGCUCAACCUGGAAGGUUACAUGAGUGUCCUCAAGUCGAUUUACUCUUAUGUGAUGGUUUUGGUGACGGUUUUAGAGUAGAUUAUGAUCGACCCAUUUGGAAUCAUUAAAAAACCAUAGAUUUUGAACAUUUC